AAAAAAAAUAAAGGAAAUGUGAAGGCCCUAUCCCGCCCUUCGCCUGCCUCCAUGGAGGCUUGGAAAGCAUCUCUGCUGCUUGCCAGUGGCAAUUAACUGUGUCUCGCACACAAAACCAAAUCGCCAGUCCCAAAUACAGCUCAGGCAGCCCGCAUAACUACACACGGGACAAACCAGGUGCUUCUUGCCUUUUAGUUUCUGUGGUAGUAUGGACAGGAACAAGCGAAAAUUUUUUAGGAAACUCCAAAACAAUCAAUUCAAGCGGAAAGGAGUCCAUAGAAGAGGAAAAUGGAAUAAUUUUAGCCGUGAAGAAUCUUUAGGGAAUUCACUUCCUGUUGAUACUGUUUAUCGCAUACUCUGCCCUUCAAGAAAAAUUGGGGGUGUUAUUGGAAAGGGUGGAAGUAUAGUUAAAGCCCUAAGGGAAGAGACCCAGGCCAAGAUCACGGUUGCUGAUUCAGUUUCUGGUUCAGAUGAAAGAGUAAUUAUUAUUUAUAGUUCUCCUGAAAAGAUUUCAAGGAAUCAGAAUAAUGAUGAGGAUUCAACCGUAGAGAAUGAACAGGAGACUAUGGAGCCUCUUUGUGCCGCUCAGGAUGCUCUAUUGAAAGUUCAUGAAAGGAUUGUUGAGGAAGAUCUUAUUGGCGGAAUGACAUCUGAUGAUGAUAAUGAAAGCAGUAUUGUUACAGCUAGGCUUUUAGUUCCCAACAAUAUGGUCGGAUGUCUUUUGGGCAAACGUGGAGAUGUCAUCCAGAGAUUGCGAAGUGAGACAGGUGCAAGCAUUCGUGUUCUUCCUGCAGAUCAUCUUCCCAUUUGUGCUAUGAGCACUGAUGAAUUGGUUCAGAUAUCUGCAAAACCUGAUGUGGCAAAGAGGGCUCUGUAUGAAGUAUCCACUCUAUUGCAUCUAAAUCCCCGAAAAGACAAACCUCCAAGUUUGCCAAUGUCUUAUAGUGGCCAAAAUUUUCAUUCUUCUGGUGGUCCUAUGACAAAAAUGCUUCCACCGGGAAAUCCAAUGUGGCCUCAUCAGAACUCUUUUUCCAAAACUUUGCCUCUCAUGCCAUGGAUGGGGGGAUAUGGCAGUCAGCCCACAGGAUUCGGGCCAGAUGGCUUUAAUGGUGCUCCUCGAGGACAUGGUGGGGAACAUUCAGCUGAGUUUUCUAUGAAAAUUUUGUGCUCUGCAGGGAAAAUUGGUGGGGUAAUUGGCAAGGGAGGGUCUAAUGUAAAACUGAUACAGCGGGAGACAGGUACUAGCAUUCACGUUGAGGAUGCUUCUGCAGAGUCAGAUGAACGUGUGAUUCGGGUCUCUGCUUUUGAGGCUCUGUGGAACCCAAGAUCACAAACAAUUGAUGCAAUUAUUCAGCUUCAGAAUAAAACAAGCGAAUACUCUGAGAAAAGUACAAUAAUUACAAGAUUUCUAGUUCCUUCGAGUAAGAUUGGCUGUAUCCUUGGACAAGGAGGUCAAGUUAUCAAUGAAAUGAGAAGCAGAACCCAGGCAGAUAUUCGUGUUUACUCCAAGGAUGAUAAGCCUAAGUGUGCCUCUGAAGAUGAAGAGCUUGUACAGAUAUCUGGGAAUUUUGCUGCUGCCAAAGAUGCUUUGGUAGAGAUUGCAUCAAGACUAAGAGCAAGAACAUUGCGAGAUGCAAAUGCUGGAGUGGAACCUGCACCUGUUGGACCUGUCAAGGGAUUUGGGGCUGCACGAAGCUUGCCAGGCAGAGGUCCCCCACCUUCUGGUAUAAUGGGAGCUAGUAGUUCUUCUGGAUAUGAGCCUCUCAGGGAUGGUGGACAUGAGUAUGGACCUCAGAAUUAUCCAGUUCCUCCAGCUGCUAUUGUAUAUUGUAAAGUGAACAGUGCUUUGGAGGCUAAUAUUUCAAAUAAUGGAGUCAAUUCUGUUUUAUGGGCCAGGGAGAUUUCAAGUGUUGGUGAGGGUGCUGGAACAAGCAUAAAGCUCCUAGAUCCUCUGACUGGUGGCCCUGAAAACAUUGUUGAAUUCCGUGGAUCCUCUGAGCAACCGAAUGCUACACAUAGUUUUCUUCAAACCUUUGUGUCUUCUUCUGGACAGGACAUGAAUGCCCAGCAAGGUUCCCACCAAUGCAUGACUGCGCAGCAAAGCUCCUACCAGAAUGUGAGUGCUCAGCAGAGCAUCUAUCAAAACAUGAAUACUCAGCAUGGCCCCUUUCAGAACAUGAAUGCGCAGCAAGGCCCGUGUUUGCUUACUGCUCAGCAAGGUGUCUACACCAACACCAAUGCUCCACAGACUAACUACCAGAACAUUAGUGCACAGCAGAGCGCUUAUCAGUACUGACUGCAAUUUCUGAAUUUUUGCACCAUAGUUUGCUGUCAGGUUCUUAAUAACAACCUGUUGAACAGCCUAGAGGUCAUUUAAGCUUUUGCAUUGUCUUAGGCAUUUUCAGGCGGUGAAGGAAAACAUUUGGCUGUGCUAUGCUUGUGCAAAUCAUAAACAAUCUUUUCAGAGUAGAGGAAUAUACAUGAUUUUCUAAUACUAGAUCUGCGGUGACAAUUCAAAUGUUAUUCUUGCUUUUCAUGACUGAAUCACAAAUGUCUGUUUAGGAAUUAGAAUCUGUUGGAGUUGUAAUUAUUAGUUUGAUCUUUCUUUCCGCAUUGAAAGAUUUGGAGUCAUACAGUUUGCUUAGCUAGGUACAAGUUUCCUGGAUCUAUUUCGUUUUCGAUGACAUAUUUGUUCUAGACAGAUAAGAUCAUGUGUUUGUCCUUAUUUUUGUUAUUGUCCUUUAUUUAUUUAUUUAUUUAUUUAUCUUUGCAUGUUUAUGGUAUUGGAUGGAUCAAGCUUUCUCAUGGAUUUUGUUCGAUUCUGGACAUGUUUCAGAAGGGAUUAUCUUAACUCAGUCAACAAUUAUUCUUUCAGCAAACCAUUUCCAGCAAAAUGAACUAAAGAAGCAUACUGUUAUGAGUGCCGAUUCAUAAAGGCUAAAGCUUCGAUACACUAUGCACGUGAGUUUUCCACGAUGAUGUCCCAUCAGAUGGAAGUAAGUAAUGCUUGAUCUAUUUUAAUCUGGAUAAUUUUCCCAUUAAAUGUUUCUAAUCUAAGAGAUUGACGGCAACUUUCUUUUAUGAAUAAAGGUUGGCAAAUUUAUUUUUGUA